GCGUAUAGCUACCAAGUACAUAUGGAGAAAAGUAAGAGUAGAGGUGUGAGAAAAGGUGCAUGGACAUAUGAAGAAGACAAGUUACUCAAAUCUUGUAUUCACAAAUAUGGUGAAGGAAAAUGGCAUUUAGUUCCACAAAGAGCAGGAUUGAAUAGGUGCAGGAAAAGUUGUAGAUUGAGAUGGUUAAAUUAUUUAAACCCUGCUCUCAAUAGAGAAAGUUUUUCUGAAGAUGAAGUUGACAUGAUUUUAAGGUUACACAAACUUCUAGGAAACAGAUGGUCAUUAAUUUCUGCGAGACUUUCGGGUAGAACAGCUAAUGAUGUGAAGAAUUAUUGGCACACACAUUUGCGCAAGAAGAUGGUUUCAAGAAAAUUAGAAGAAAAGAAAGAAAAAGAGACCAUGAAAGCCCAUGAAAUUAUCAAACCUCAACCUCGAACUUUUUCAUCUCAUUCACCAUGGUUGAAUGGGAAACAAAUUGCAAAACCAAUAUUGGCGGUUUCAACUAAAGAUGCUAGUAUUGCAAAAGACAGUGACAUAGACACUAUGCUGCCAAUUAAUGGUGAUGGAGAUUGUGCUAUGUGGUGGGAAAGUUUGUUGAACUUGAGCAAUGAGAAAGUUGGAUCAUGCUCUUUAAUUGAUGGUCCUAGUACUGUUGGUGAAUGUUAUUGGGAUGCUAAUCUUUGUGAAUUUGAUUCUCUUUUAGAUAUUUUAAAUUAAGAUUUGAAUCUCAUUGUAUGCAGCAAGACCGUUAAAUUUAAGUUCAAAAUUUUUUGUUUUGAAUUUAAUGUUGUUGUUGGUGCAUAUAAUCAGACAUCUAAUUAAAGUUUGUGAAAGGUAG